AUGCCUGACAUCGAAGAAGUUCAAAACAUGGAAGAGGAGUCUGAAACGGAAACCUUCGCUUUUCAAGCAGAGAUCGCUCAGUUGAUGAGUUUGAUCAUCAAUACAUUUUACUCCAACAAGGAAAUUUUCCUGCGAGAAAUUAUCUCCAACUCUUCUGAUGUAAGUUGUCCUUGCUUAAUUUGCCUUGAAUAUUUCCUUUUUUUAUACACACAUUCUGCAUUUUUUGUUUUGCCAAGCGCGUGUUGUGAGGGUGUUUUAAAAACUCGUCUCUUCUGUGGCGUAGGUUCCCAGCUUGACAAACUUCGGCUCUCGUUUGUUUUGGAAACGUAGGUUUAAUCUCGGAGUUGAAAUACUGCGAGUUCACGGGAUUUCUUUUUUCGUGGAAGCUAUAAAUUAUCAAAGAAAAAGUUUUGAGGUCCACGCCUUGAAUGAAGUACAUGUGCAAACUGAUUUGAAUGUUCGGCGGAAGUGAUCAGAUACUCGAUGCAGCCUAUUUUUUGAUCUUUACAGAAGUAAAAAUAAUGAAGUAAAUGCCAUUCCUUCAUAUUUGAGCAACUGAGAGUUCAACAAAAUCGAUAACCAUUAAAUUCUUUCCCGUUGGUACCACAAUAGUGAAAGUGAAAGACCUUUAAAGGGUUACGCGAGCACAUGGCGUCGGCCAGAGUCACGUGGUCGGUAAAUUAGUUUUAGAAGAUUUCUAGAUUUUUCUGGUGUACUCUCAGAUUGCUUACUUUGAAUUUCAAUGUACGUCAAGGAAAUGGUUUAUCUGAUUCUGUAUUGUAUGUAUUUUUAGGCUCUUGACAAAAUUCGUUAUGAGAGUUUGACUGACCCAACUAAGCUUGACAGCUGUAAGGAUCUGAAAAUUGAACUGAUUCCUAACAAAGAUGAUAACACCCUGACCAUCGUGGACACUGGAAUUGGUAUGACCAAGGCUGACCUUGUUAACAACUUGGGUACUAUUGCUAAGAGUGGAACAAAGGCAUUUAUGGAGGCACUUCAGGUAUAAUAAGAAAGAAACAACUCUUCUGUACUGUACAACAUAAAGUAACAUGCCCCAAAUGUGAAAGGAGUGUGAUUUACAAAUGAGGGUACCUCUUUUCAGGUUACCAUCUGCUAGCAGUGAGAAUUUAAUAGUUGCAGGUUUAGUCUUUAUCAGCUCAAUGAGUAGUGUAAUUUGCUGAUGGGAAAAAAAUGAUAUGUAGGCUUAAAUGAAAACUGCCAUAAAAAUUGAUAAUAACUGUUAAACUGUUUUUAAAACUAACAAAGACCAAUAAAUUGCCCAAAAAAACCACAAGCAGAAGGAAAUAUAAAAACUUGAAAAACUUUUUUUCAAACUCUUUGAUUAUAAAGGGAUAAGGGAUGGUUCAUUAUUUAUGAGGAUGACUGGGUCGGGAAAAAAAUAAUAGCUUUCCUCUUUCUUUCUAAAGCCCGCCCAAAAGGCAUUUUGUUUUUUUGUAGCCCGUUCAGUAUUUGGGGUCAAAUUUUUCAAAGCCCGUUCAAAUUGAAGUGAGUACCUUGUGAAAAUCAUUCAAUGUUUAUUUACGACUAGAGCAACUAGUGCAUGUUCGGAUCAAAUACACAACUGUUCGCCGUUCGAGUCAGCAAACGGCUAUCAAACGAGUUCAGCGAUUACAAACAAUAAUUUAUUAACAUCUGUGAAAAGUGCACGUUAAUAAAUGCCAUCCAGCUUGAGGCAUUUCAUCGUUUGCCAAAUAACUGAAAAAGUCCUAAAUAUAUCUUUGAACACGGAUAUAUAACCGUUCGUAUUAAAUAACUUGCAACCGUGUUCGCAUUAUAACUCCCUCCUUUUUUUAAGGAAGGAAUGUUUUUUUGCCGAAGACGCGGUCAAGAUAGAUGAAAGACUCGAAAUCAUGCGUCAGAAAGUAAAAACCUUUAAAGGAUAUACUUCCGCUUCCCAGGCUUCAGACGAAGAUUCUGAUUAGUUUUAUCAUUGUUCGAUCAGUGAAAAUUAACACAAGACGCUAGGCAUCAAAGACUAUGCGGACUGCUCAGUUGUUUUUUAAGUAUGAAAGGAACAGCUUUAUAAUGUCACAGCUUGUCACAUUUACAAGAUACAAAAAUUGUUCACGUUUUUAAAUAAUAAAAGUUUAUUUCCAAGACUGAUAAGAAUGUAAACCUAUUUUUGCAUGAAAUAAACGGAACUUGGCUGGCAGACUCCGCGGCACUGUGGUGCGUGCAGAAAAAAUAUUUUCAAUUCCCUAGGAGUUGCAACUUGAGAUCCUCGAUCAAAACAUCUUGUUUUCUUGUGUACAGUCUGGCGGAGUCCGAAGAUUUAAUAUUCCAACCGUUGGAGUUCACUUUGAUUAAAAUCCUUGUCCAUGCAUCAUUUGAAAUUCUAAUUUGAUUACAAGCUCUGAAAUGUCAAGGAAUAUAAACAACUAUAAACGAGCAGCUCACAAAGUACAUUUGUGUCAUUCCGUGGCCUGUCAAAAUUCUUGAGUGUUCGACCGCAAAGCGCGAGCUUUUUCUUGCGGGUAUAUCCCUGCAUUACCAAAAAUAUUGUAGCAAUAUUUAUUUGAUAUGAAGGUACGACAAUUUACCGGGUGAAUUUUCAACGACGAAUACAGUUUCCAUGUGUUGUUCUCAUCAAACGACUGCCGCGUUUCUACCACAGUUUUAGUUUAUGUUCACUUUUUUUUAAAGCCCGGUCUCUUUGUUCAAGAAAAAAACACGAAAGCCCGUCGCCACGGCAAGAAAAAUUUUCAAAGCCCGUUCGGUUUUUUUCCCGACCUGGUCAUUCCCAUAAAUAAUGAACCAUCCCUAAGAAACAAUGGCUGAGGUAUCUGAAACCACAUGUCUGCAAAUCCAGUACCAAAAGCAGCAAAUCAGUGUCCAAAAUGGUGCAAAUAAGUUACACAACAGUGGUCCUGUGGUUAUUGUUUUUUGAAUCCAUAGCAUGAGUUCCAAGCCCUUCUAGAGUAUCAGAAGUUUUCCUAAUCACCUCAUGCCAUAGAAACCGGGUUAAGGUUUGGCCUGAUGAUCCUCUUACCUCAAAAUGCAGACUUUCAUCCCUUUAAUUAAAUGCUGAUUAAAGCCUUUUUUUUUCCUCAGGCUGGAGCUGACAUAUCCAUGAUUGGUCAGUUCGGUGUGGGUUUCUACUCAGCCUACCUAGUGGCGGACAAGGUUGAAGUUUACACCAAGCACAAUGACGAUGAGCAAUACCUCUGGCAAUCUGCUGCAGGAGGUUCCUUCACUGUUCGUAGGCUGGCUGAGGAAGUUCUUCCUCGCGGAACAAGAGUUGUUCUGCACCUCAAAGAAGACCAACAAGAGUAUUUCGAAGAAAAACGGAUUAAAGAGAUUGUGAAGAAACACAGCCAGUUCAUUGGGUAUCCCAUUUCCCUCAUGGUAAGUAUUUAACAGCAUAGGUGGAUGCAAUUUCACAUUAGCAAUUUACUUUGAGGGCCUUUCCAAACCAAAAAUUAAUGGUCAUGUUUGGGCAGGUAAUCUUGACCAGUAUGGGAGUAAGUUUAGAAAAGAAUUUACUGAUAUGUUCAAGUUAAAUCGCAUACAUUUAUCUUGCAUCUAAAUUUUGGACUUUAGAAUAAAUUCACGGAAAUUUGAUAUUGCUUAACUCUCUGUUCUUACUUGAGCUGAGGCAUUUGAUUUCUUUUGACCAUUCAUAACCUGACUUACUAAAAAAUUACCCAAGGGCAAAUUAACCCUUCAGUUAGAGCAUCAUUGGUUUUAAGUUCUCUUUCAACUAAACUUAAGUUAAUUUGUCUUGUUUAUCUAGGUGCAGAAGGAGCGAGACAAGGAAGUUAGUGAUGAUGAGGAUGAGGAAGAGGAGGACAAGAAGAAAGAGGAGGAGGAGGAAGACAAGGAAAAGCCCAAAAUUGAAGAUGUUGAUGAGGAGGAAGAGGAGAAAAAAGAAGAGAAAAAGAAGAAGAAAAUCAAGGAAAAAUACACUGAAAUGGAGGAGCUGAAUAAGACCAAGCCACUUUGGAUGCGAAACACAGAUGAGAUCACAUCUGAGGAGUAUGCGGAAUUCUACAAGAGCUUGACUAAUGACUGGGAAGAGCAUUUGGCUGUAAAGCACUUUUCGGUUGAAGGACAGUUGGAGUUCCGUGCUCUUCUUUUCCUUCCCCGCCGGGCACCGUUUGAUCUGUUCGAGAAGAAGAAGCGCAACAACAUCAAGCUGUAUGUGCGGCGUGUCUUCAUUAUGGAUAAUUGUGAAGAUCUCAUUCCAGAGUACCUGAACUUUGUUAAGGGUGUGGUGGAUUCUGAGGAUCUGCCGUUGAACAUUUCUCGUGAGAUGCUGCAGCAGAACAAGAUCUUGAAGGUGAUCAGGAAAAACAUCGUCAAGAAGUGUUUGGAGCUGUUCAAUGAAGUGACGGAAGACAAAGACAAUUACAAGAAAUUUUACGAACAGUUUGGCAAGAACAUCAAGCUGGGAAUUCAUGAGGAUUCUGUGAACCGCACAAAACUGGCUGAUCUCCUGAGGUAUCACUCCUCAGCUUCGGGUGAUGAAAUGACAUCACUGAAGGAUUACGUCACGCGCAUGAAGGAAAACCAGAAAGACAUCUACUACAUCACCGGCGAAAGCAAAGAUCAGGUGGCACACUCAGCUUUUGUGGAACGAGUCAAGAGCCGUGGUUUUGAGGUGCUGUACAUGACCGAGCCUAUUGAUGAGUAUGCGGUGCAACAGCUGAAGGAGUAUGAUGGUAAGAAACUUGUCAGUGUAACAAAGGAAGGGCUUGAACUCCCAGAGGAUGAUGAAGAGAAGAAGAAAUGGGAAGAAAAGAAAGCCAAAUUUGAACCUCUCUGCAAGGUAUUUAUGUUGAUUAAUCUGUUUUUUUACAUGUAUGUUUCCUUAGAGCAUUUCUGCGUCAUUAUUUGAUUUUGUGCUUCAUGGUUGAAGAUGUAAACGAAUUGGAGAAAGAAACUUGCGCCAUCUUUUGCCAUAAAUAAUAUUAAUGCUCACCUCUGGGUGUGAACUAGUGGUACAGGAAAAGGAAAUAACAGUAGACUGACAUGAAAAUAAACUGCAAUACUUUAUUAUUAAAUGACCUGUAUGACAUUACAGUGUCAUAAAAAUUUUUGUGAUGUCUUAAUUUUUUGGAAAGGACAUUGAUUUUCAUGAAUCAUUUUGUCCCUUGAUUUUUGUUCUUCCUGACGUCAGAUAAGGCACUUUUUAAAAUUAAUGCAGAGUAGGUGAACUGCAUUUACUGAGAAAAAACUGGUUGCUUUGUGUCUGAUUUAGAACCUGGUAAUAAAACUUAACUCCUGAUAAUAGAUGUUGUCAUCAGAUUUCUGCCCAAAAUAUCACAGUGUGAUUAAAGAGACUUUUUUAUAAGUAUGGAUGGCAAAAAGUGUAGAGUAUAUGUGUGUUGCCAUUGUGCUCAAAGUUUAUCUUUAAUUUUUGCAGACAGUCAAGGAAAUCUUGGACAAGAAGGUAGAGAAGGUAGUGGUGUCUGCUCGUUUGGUGUCCUCUCCUUGCUGCAUUGUAACCAGUCAGUUUGGAUGGACCGCAAACAUGGAAAGGAUCAUGAAGGCUCAGGCCCUUCGUGACAACAGCACCCUGGGGUAUAUGGCAGCAAAGAAACAUCUUGAAGUGAAUCCUGAUCACUCAAUCAUUGAGACGCUGAGGCAGAAGGUUGAAGCAGACAAGAAUGACAAGUCCGUGAAGGAUCUUGUCAUGUUGUUGUACGAAACAUCUCUUUUGUCCUCUGGUUUCACGCUUGAUGACCCACAAGUUCAUGCUGGCCGUAUCUACCGCAUGAUCAGCCUGGGGCUUGGUAUUGAUGAUGAUAUGGAAAGUAAGUUGAUUUGUUUCACUACCCCCUUACUUUCAAGUGGCAACUCAAACCUGUUUUUACGUUCAGAGCUGCAUGCCAAAGUAAUAAUGACUUCUUUGUGCAAAUGCAGUUUUAUAUUUUUGAACUCUUAUUUGUAUUCCAGUAUUUACCAAAAGAAUUAACUUUGGGGAGCAUCUUUUCAAGGAAUGGUAAUUGGUACUCUCCGAGAUGUUGAGAACAGCGGGCUGUAGAAUAUAAGACUUACAGCCAAAGUUCAUAGCACUGAGAUGUCAAGACACUUCACAAAAAUUAAUGUUGAUUGCAUGAAAGUUUCCCCAUCCCAGUUUUCUUAGUACUAUUUGCUUACCCAUCUGAGAAUAAAACUGUAUAACCCCUUCAAUCCUCUUGAAAAAAUUUCUUUUUUUUAAAUCCCAAGAAACAAAAUUGGUAGCAUGCAAAUUAGUUCUGCCAAAAAGGUUUCAUGUGAAUGGUAACAUCA